UUGUUUUGUGCACUGGAAAAUAAUUUUCCUAAAAAAUCCAUUAUUGCUACAUACAGUCUCUUCUCCCUGCAAACUCGUCGUCGUCGGCGGCGUCGUAUUCAGAUCAAUCUCGCCGCCCGCCUGCAUUACGAUCAAUAUAUUUCUCAACAUACCAAGUUUCUUCUCUUUUACUCUUCACGUCAGAGAAUCCUUCAUUUCUUGCGUAUGUUCUGACUUGUGGCCCAAGAAAGUAAUCGGAACCCUAGCUUUUCCGAUCUCUACUUGUUUCGGGAAUCACUGCUUAAAAUUGAUUCCGAAUUUUAGCGAAAAUGACUCAAGACGUUGAGAUGAAGGAGCAGCAGCCUGUUACAUCCAAUUCCGUCUCAUCCAGCUCGCCCUCCACUUUUGAUCACUUGAAAAGCAUAGCUUCAAUGAUUGAAACGGGGGCCUAUACUCGGGAGGUCAGGAGAAUUGUGAGGGCUGUCAGGUGGACAGUUCAGCUGAGGAAGAAUCUUAGUGCCUCUGUAGUUUCCUCAUUCCUCAAUUUUGCACUAGUACCUGGAUCUGAAGUGCAUUCUCAAUUAUCCUCAUACGUUCCCAAGGAUGAAGAGCAUGAUAUGGAAGUCGACACAGCAAUAUCUGCUAUUCAAGCACCUACAAAGCAUUGCUUACCUGAGCUUGAGAUCUACUGCUAUCUUCUUGUUUUAAUAUUUUUGAUUGAUCAGAAAAGAUACAAUGAGGCCAAGGCAUGUUCAUCAGCAAGCAUUGACAGGAUAAAGAGCCUUAACAGGCGAACUAUUGAUGUGUUGGCAUCCAGGCUCUACUUUUAUUAUUCUUUAAGCUAUGAACUCACCGGUGAUCUUGCUGAGAUACGAGGCACACUGCUUGGAUUACACCGGACUGCUACUUUGCGUCAUGAUGAGCUGGGACAGGAAACCCUUUUGAAUUUGUUGCUGAGAAAUUACCUCCAUUACAAUUUAUAUGAUCAAGCUGAGAAACUGAGAUCGAAGGCUCCUCGGUUUGAAGCUCACUCUAAUCAGCAGUUCUGUCGAUACCUGUUCUACCUUGGCAGGAUCAGAACAAUACAGCUAGAGUACACUGAUGCUAAAGAAUCUCUACUUCAAGCUGCCAGGAAAGCACCUGCUUCUGCCGCAGGAUUCCGAAUUCAGUGCAUUAAGUGGGCUGUGAUUGUACGCCUGCUGCUUGGAGAGAUUCCUGAAAGAACUGUUUUUAUGCAGAAGGGGAUGGAAAAGGCUCUGAGACCUUACUUUGAACUUACAAAUGCUGUUCGAAUUGGAGAUUUGGAGCAGUUCAAAGUGGUAGCUGAUAAGUUUGGGAGCACCUUCAGUUCUGACCGGACUAACAACUUAAUAGUCAGGCUAAGACACAACGUUAUCAGGACUGGGUUGCGCAACAUCAGUAUUUCAUACUCAAGGAUCUCCCUUGCAGAUAUUGCCAAGAAAUUGAGAUUGGAUUCGACCAAUCCAAUCGCUGAUGCUGAAAGCAUUGUAUCCAAAGCAAUACGUGAUGGCGCAAUCGAUGCCACUUUAGAUCAUGCCAACGAAUGGAUGGUGUCCAAGGGAAUGGGGGAUCUAUACUCAACAAACGAGCCUCAGAUUGUAUUCAACUCAAGAAUUGCAUUUUGCCUCAAUAUGCACAAUGAAGCAGUGCGUGCCCUCCGAUUCCCACCAAACUCUCAGAAGGAGAAGGAAAUUGCCGAGAAAAGAAGAGAGAGACUACAGCAGGAGCAAGAACUCGCCAAGCACAUAGCGGAUGAUGACUACGACAACUUCUGAGACAAGAAAUAAAGAUGGUGGUUUCAUCCUCUGUUCUAUGUUCUGCACAUUUUUGCACCCAAAAAUGUUUCUUAGUUGCUUGUGGAUUACUUGCCUAAAUGAUCUGCACAUUACCUAUUCAGUACUGAAGAUUGAUUUCAUUCUCAUUAAAAGAAAGCAUUUAUGGAUUUUCUCA